AUGGACAACACAAAGGAAGGCAUCACUAUCGCGGACUGCAGCCAGCCGGACAUGCCCCUCAUAUAUGCCAACGAGGCCUUUGCGCGCAUCACCGGCUACAGCGUCGCAGAGAGCCUUGGCAAGAAUUGCCGCUUCCUCCAGGGCCCGGGGACGGACGAGGCGCCGUUGGAGGAGCUGCGGCGCGCGACGCGGCAGGGGCAGGCAUGUGUUGUGCAGCUAAUGAACUACCGCAAGAACGGGGACGCGUUUGUCAACUACCUCAGCGUUACGCCCAUCCACGACAGCGCGGGCGUGCUGACUCACUACGUGGGCAUCCAGUCCGACAUUACCCAGCUCGUCAAGCACAAGAAGGCCGAGCUUGCCGCCAAGCACGCCGCGGUGCAGGUGCGCCUGAGUUGCAGUGCAGAGCCAUCCUCCCAUAUGCCUUCAUAA